AACUGGAAGUAUGUUAUCUUCUUUCAACAUAGAAAUAUAGGCUAAUAGACUUCACAAUUCAGAGUAUGGUACCAAAUUCAAAACUAUUUGCAUCACAUUAUCUUGUUUGAUAUAGAGUGACUGUCGUUUGAUAGCAAUAUUUCACAAGACCUAUAAAAAAACAGUAACAAAAACUGUCACACCCCUGCUCAUCUAUGGCUCCAUGAGUUGACUUGCGAAUUCAACUAUAUACAAAUCCAAAAACCCCAUCUUUUAAAAUGCCCCAAAUUCUUCAACCUUACAUCACUACAUCGCCAACUCAAUGGACACUACCAAACUCAUCAUUGCUCUUUUCUUCAUCUUCUUCUUCUACUUGCUCUUGAAUUCUAUCGUCGGAACAGCUUCAGCUUCAGCCUCCGAAUUCUGUUCCAGCUCUCUCUGCGGUCGCACUGAACCCGUUAUCCGAUUCCCGUUUCGCCUCCCAGACCACCAGCCCGUCUCGUGCGGGUACCCAGGCUUUGACCUCUCCUGUGGCGCAUUUAAUCAAACACUUAUCGAGCUCCCCAACUCAGGCAAGUUCACAGUCCAAGCCAUAGAAUACGGCAACCAAAACAUAUGGCUCAACGACCCCCAAUAUUGCCUUCCCAGACGCCUCCUCGAGUUGAACCUCUCCGGGUCGCCAUUUAAUGGUGUCUUCUUCCAAGAUUUCACGCUUUUUAACUGCACGUUUGAUUACAAAAGGUACAAGUUGGAUCCCAUAGGCUGUUUGAGUGGAGAGAAUUACACAAUUUUCGCUUCUUCCUCUGAAAGGGCUAUCAGAUUCUUGGCGUCCAAGUGUAGCUUGGUGGCGACGGUGGCGGUGCCGGUUCAGUGGGAGUUUUUCCAGCCGGUGACGACGUCGGAUCUCAGCGACGAUAUCCGGCUCAGCUGGGGUUGGCCGCGCUGCCGGCGGUGUGAGGCCCGCGGCGGCCAGUGCGGGCUCGUCAGCGUAAAUAGUAGCGUGAUUGAGUGCAGAAAUAUUCGUCGGCAUGGGCUGCCAAGAGGUGCUCGAUACGCCAUAAUCGUCGGAGCAGGUUUCCCAGCAUUCCUCUGCCUGCUGGGCUUCGUCUACUUCAUUUGUGGCCGGGUGAUAUGCUGUAGCAGGUGGCGGCAGCGGCCCCUCAUGGAAUUCUCGGUGGUGGUGGCUCCACAGCCAACCAUCACGACGGCAGGCCUCGACGGCCCAACUAUCGAGACGUACCCGAAAACGAUCCUAGGGGAGAGCUGUCGGCUGCCUACACCUGACCAUAAUAUUUGCUCAAUCUGUUUGUCUGAAUAUAUGCCUAAAGAGACAUUGAGAAGCAUACCUGAGUGCCAGCACUGUUUCCAUGCAGAAUGUAUAGAUGAAUGGCUGAGGAUGAACCCUUCUUGUCCUGUUUGUAGGAAUUCUCCUAAGUCCUCUCCUCUGACACAGGCUGCGUGAUGCUUGUUUGAGACAGGAAUUUAGAGGGUUUGGUUACGGUUUGUUCUUAACCACAAUGUUGGAGGAAGACAAGAAAAGAUUAACUGUGCUGUGCAUGUAAUUUUGAUGAUUUUCUCAUUGGUAGUGCCUUUGAUGAGGGAGUGUAGAUAGAAUGAAACAUGUUGAUGCUGUGCUAUAAUUAAGAUGUAAAUAUGGACUUCUUUUCCUUUGAUAAAUGUUGACUUAAUGGAGCUUUCUUGUGACUUAGAAUCAUGAGUUCUUUGUGUUCCUUGACUUGGAGUAAUGGGUUUUUGUUAUUAAAGUGUGGAUUCUUGAUCUAAUAGUACACUUGAGCUCAUUCAUUAUGAUCUAAUUUUAUUGUCGGACACCAAAUUCUUGCGGAUGUCAAGAAAAAGAAUAUCGAAAAUUCAAGUGACUGAAGGUUAAGCAAUCACUUUGUAAGUAAUAGAAAGAAAAAACGAGUGGAGGGAGAGUUUAGAGUCGAUUUCUUUGUCUCGUUCAUAAUUUGCCUUGCAACUUCCAAACACAUCAUAUAAAAAACAGUGUAAAAAUGUGAUCUUAUGUUACAUAGAAAGAAUGAGCACCUCAAAUCUAAACAAUAUGCACAUACUGUCACAAGUUCAUCACCUCAUUCCAUCAUUACUCAUGCUUGUUUGAGCACUAAUGAACGAGCCCUCACUGGAAGUUGACGUGGUGUUCACAGACUU